GCUGCUCAAAAAGAUCGAGGGCCUUUAACUUUCGAGACAAAAGAGAAGAGAAGCCGACCGAGCGCCUCCGCCGGCUACUUUACUGCGCCUGGCCGCGGAGUGGUGACGGAGCAUGGAGCCGCAGCGCGGAGGGGAGCAGCACCUCGCGUGGGGAGCGCCGGGCGCCGCCGCCGCGGCCUGCCUCUGCCCCGCCGCCGUGGCAUCGUCAGCGGGCGCACCCGCAGGUAACGUGCUAGCCCGCCAGGAGCUGGAGCAGGAGAUGCUGCGCCGCGCCGAGCUGCAGCUGCAGGGCGGCGGCGGGGUCGACCGGCGGAGGGAGCGGAAGAUGAAGAACCGCGAGUCGGCGGCUCGGUCCCGCUUGCGCCGGCUGGCGUACGUGAACGAGCUGGAGAAGGAGGUGAGCCUCCUCCGCGCCGAGAAAGAGGAGCUCAGCAAGCUCUGCCAGGAGCUGAAGGAGGCCGCGGACGAGGCGCCGGCGCCGGCGAAGAGGGCUGCUCCCCGGCGGCUGCUGCAGAGGACGUCGUCCGCGCCGUUCUAGGCCGGCCCGCAUCGAUCUACAAGGCUUUUGGUGCAGUGUGAAUCUAGUUCUUUUGUUCGUCGAUGAGCAAGAGAUUCAUCGAGCGUAGGUAUCUAGUGCUGCUUCCAGCAGGUAGCUAGUCCGGCGAGAGCUGGUCGCUCUUGCUUUGUUCAGUUGUUGCGUCGCCGCUGCGUCGUCCCCCCCCCCCCCCCCCCCCCACCCCCACCCCAGCGGCGGCGGGGAUGGGCAGCGCAGCGCAGGCAGGGUUGAUCUGUGCCUGCCUCCCUGGACAGAAAUGGUAAAAGCCGGUUCCUGCAGCACACCACGUUUCGGGGAAGGAGCCGAUAAUUGAUGGGACGGUGAUCGAUCGGCCGGCCCACUGGUACGGUCCACUGUGGAAUCUGGAAUGGAAAAAAAAAACGAUGAAAUGAUGGGAUGCUCUUCUUGUCUC